GCCCCCGAGUCUCCUGUAAUCUGUAGUUUUGAACUCCUCAUUUCCAUUUUUCCAUAUUCAUACAGAGAGAGCCGAAAAAGAAAAAGCCAAAAAAAAAAAAAAAAACCAGUCUUUUCGUUCUAGUCUUCUAGAUAAGUAUCAGAGGAACGGAAGAAUUUCCUUUAAGAAUCUGCCCAUCACACUCCAAUCUGAGCCAUUUCUCAUUUCCUUUCCUUGUCCUUGUUCUUUCUCAAUUGCACGGGAUUUUUCAGUAAAUCUACAUUGAAAACUUUCAACUUGUCUGAAUUUGGUCAUGGACUACUGAGAUUCUUCUUCUUCCGUUGACGAAUUUCACUUGCAGCAAUGGUAGAUAAAUCCGGUAACAUUCAUCGUGCUCGCUACCACUUCACCAUCUCGAAGCUUCUCUUCUGGUCUCUUGUCUUUCUUGGCUUGAUUUUCUUCUUCUUCUUCAGAUCUCCUUCUCCUUCUUCUUCAUCUCGCCGAUCCCUUCGCGGCGGAACCGAUUGGCAGAACUCCGUUCGUGUUUCUGGGACUCCGCAUUCUUCUUCUAAAUGUCGUAGGGUUCUUGUUACUGGUGCCGCUGGCUUUGUUGGAACCCAUGUGUCCAUUGCUCUGAAGCGACGGGGAGAUGGCGUUGUCGGCAUCGAUAACUACAAUAAGUAUUAUGAUCCCUCUCUGAAGCGUGCUCGCACCGACCUUCUGCGGCGCGAAGGGGUGUUCAUUGUUGAAGGAGACAUAAACGACGCUGGUUUAUUGCGGGAGCUUUUUAGGUUGGUGAAAUUCACCCAUGUGAUGCAUCUGGCGGCGCAAGCUGGAGUGCGUUAUGCGAUGAAGAACCCUGCUUCUUAUGUACACAGCAACAUUGCUGGGUUAGUUAAUGUUUUCGAAGUUUGUAAAUCUGCGAAUCCACAACCUGCAAUUGUGUGGGCAUCAUCUAGUUCUGUUUAUGGACUCAAUUCUAAGGUGCCAUUUUCGGAGAAAGAUCGGACGGAUCAGCCUGCUAGUUUAUAUGCCGCUACAAAAAAGGCUGGUGAAGAAAUUGCUCAUACUUAUAACCAUAUUUACGGUCUAUCCAUUACUGGGCUGCGAUUUUUUACGGUUUAUGGUCCAUGGGGUCGACCAGAUAUGGCCUAUUUCUUCUUCACUAAGGAUAUAUUGAAAGGGAAGCAAAUUCCCAUCUUUGAAGGCCCUAAUCAUCGUUCUGUUGCAAGGGAUUUCACCUAUAUUGAUGAUAUUGUGAAGGGUUGCCUAGGUGCAUUGGACACGGCAGGGAAGAGUACUGGGAGUGGUGGCAAGAAGAAAGGGCCAGCUCAAUUGAGGGUUUUCAAUUUGGGGAAUACUUCACCAGUUCCAGUUUCCAAGCUUGUGAGCAUACUUGAGAAGUUGCUGAAUGUGAAGGCGAAGAAGAAAGUUGUGCCGUUACCAAGUAAUGGGGAUGUGAUGUUCACUCAUGCCAAUAUAAGCUUUGCUACAAGGGAGCUUGGAUACAAACCAACCACAGAUUUGCAAACAGGUUUGAAGAAAUUUGUGAAUUGGUAUAUGGAGUACUAUUCUGCAUCAGGAAAGAAGAGUUCUUGGUAAAAGGGGGAAAAAAUUCUGAGUUUGGUUUUCUAUUUACUUGGGUGUGUUCAUAAUUUGAUACUGCAAAUUGUCUCUUGUUUUUUCCACUAUUCAGCACGUUGGCAAUAGAGUUGUUCGGUGUCAACAGAGUUCAGAGAUUACAGGGUUGCUGCACAAUUUUGCAGUGAAUACCAAUCUCUCUCUCAAGGAGCCAGAAUCAUAAUUGUCCAUUUAUUUUUUCCCUCAUCAUAUUCGAGUUUUGUUUCGAAAAGUUGUUGAUGCUUUUGGAACUGUAAGAUUAUGAACAUAACUUUGAGUCCUUUGGACAGAUGCUGAUAAGUGCUUAAUGAACAACUGCAAUAACACUUUGUACCAA